AAGAGUUUUGCCAUUGGUAGGCUAUUUUAUGUUCCACCAAAUUGUGGUGAACUUUUUUAUCUUAGGUGCCUUUUGAAUUUUGUUCGUGGUCCAACAUGCUUUGAAGAUAUUAUGAAGGUUGAUGGUGUCCAGUAUAGUACUUUUCGUGAUGCUUGCUAUGCUUUGGGCCUUUUAGAAGAUGAUAAAGAAUAUGUAGAUGCAGUUAAAGAGGCAAGUUUUUGGGCAACUGCAUAUUUAUUGCGUAGACUUUUUGUUGCUUUAUUACUUUCUGAUUGUCUAAGUAGGCCAGAAGAGGUUUGGGAGAAGUGUUGGACCUUUUUCUCAGAAGACAUCCUUCAUAAACAACGUUUGAUGCUUAAUCAUCCAGAUCUCACAUUAACAGAUGUGGAAGUCAAGAACCUUGCUUUGUUAGAAAUUCAAAAGAUGUUACGCAAGUGUGGGAGAAGUUUAGAGGAAUUUGAAACCAUGCCAAUUCCAGACAAUAGAUUCUUAUCAAAUAAUGGUAAUCGGCUGGUGUAUGAUGAGUUAAGAUACGAUCGGGUAAAGUUGGUUGAGGAGCAUAAACAAUUGCUUGGUAAUCUAACUGCUGAACAAAGAGCUAUUUAUGAAACAGUAAUGAAUGCCAUUGAUUCAAAUAAUGGUGGAGUUUUCUUCGUAUAUGGAUAUGGUGGAACAGGAAAAACAUUUGUAUGGAACACUCUUUCUGCCGCUAUACGUUCUAAAGGAGAGAUUGUAUUGAAUGUUGCAUCAAGUGGCAUUGCCUCACUUCUGCUGCCAGGUGGUAGAACUGCACAUUCUCGAUUCAAGAUUCCGAUUCAUCCCAAUGAAGACUCCACGUGCAAUGUAAAACAAGGGAGCGCACUUGCUGAACUUCUUAUUAAGUGUAAGCUUAUAAUUUGGGAUGAAGCUCCAAUGGUCCACAAAUAUUGUUUUGAGGCUUUAGAUCGAACUCUUCGUGAUAUCUUGCGAUUUAGCAAUCCAAAUAGUCAGCAAAUGCCUUUUGGUGGAAAGACAAUAGUGUUUGGUGGAGAUUUUAGACAAAUCCUUCCUGUCAUACCCAAAGGAACAAGGCAAGAUAUUGUGAACGCGUCUAUAAAUUCUUCUUAUUUGUGGCAACAUACAAAUGUCAUGCGCCUAACAAAGAACUUGAGGCUUCUUCAUUUGUCAUCAAAUGUUCAGUCAGAAUACCUCACUAAAUUUUCUGAGUGGAUUGCAAGCAUUGGAGACGGCACUAUUGGAGGACCAAAUGAUGGUUUUGCAGAGAUAGAAAUUCCUGAUGAGUUCUUGAUUAAAGAUUUUGAGGAUCCAAUCUCGAAGAUGGUAGAAUGCAUCUAUCCUUCCCUUGCUAUCGCUGAUGACGAUCCGAGUUAUUUGGAAAAAAGAGCAAUAUUGGCACCAACUCUUGAUGUUGUGGAUUCCAUCAAUGAAUACAUGCUCACAUUAAAUGAUUCUGAGUUGAAAACAUAUCUCAGUUCUGAUAGCCCAUGUAAAUCAGAUGCCAACCUUGAUUUCUUAGCAGAUCUUCAUACUCCAGAAUUUUUAAAUGGAAUUAAAGCUUCAGGAGUUCCAAAUCAUCAACUGCAUCUUAAAGUUGGCACACCUGUUAUGCUAAUGAGAAAUAUUGAUCCUUCUCAAGGUUUGUGCAAUGGAACAAGGAUGGUUAUCACAAGAUUGGGCAAACAUGUGCUGGAAGCAAAAGUUUUGACGGGAAUUAGUGCAGGUGAAAAGGUGUUGAUACCAAGGAUGUCUUUGACACCAUCAGAUUUGAGAUUGCCUUUCAAGUUUCAAAGAAGACAAUUUCCUCUUAUUGUCUCAUAUGCAAUGACAAUAAACAAGAGUCAGGGACAAUCUUUAUCUAAUGUUGGAUUGGUUUUACGCAAACCUGUUUUUAGUCAUGGACAAUUGUAUGUGGCUCUGUCCCGUGUUACUAAUCCACAUGGUUUAAAGAUUCUUAUAUGUGAC